AUGACUCUUUACUCUCUCGCGGCUUCUCCCGAAUAUAUGGAGCCUCUUCGGGAGGAAAUUCGCCAGGCUAUGGCGGACAACGGAGGUGCCAUAACCACCCGCGCUCUCCAACAAAUGGUCAAGCUUGACAGCUACAUGAAAGAAACCGGCCGCUUCUAUAGUGGCAUCGCAAAUUUCCAGCGCAAAGUUCUCCGCGGCUUUACCCUCUCAAAUGGCCAGUACAUUCCUCCGGGAGUCAUCAUCGAGGCGCCAUCCCACGCAAUCUACAUGGAUGAAGCCAAUUUUCCUCCUGAUUCACAGCCUGCUGAGGUCUUCGACGGCUUUAGAUACUAUAAGCUGCGUCAAUCUGGGUCAGCUUCCGACCACGCACGGAACCAAUUUGUGACAACCAAUGAACGGGAUCUUUCAUUUGGGUACGGCAAGCAUUCUUGUCCGGGGCGCUUUUUUGCGGCGAAUGAGAUCAAGAUGAUCCUUGCGAGGUUACUGCUCGAUUAUGACAUCAAAAACGAGGAUGGAAGCACUGCCAGGUAUGCACAGAUCGAGUCGGGCGGCUUCACGAGUCCGGAUCCAUCAAAGAAUCUUUUGUUUAGGAGGGUGAAAGUAUGA